CAACAACUAAGCAAACAUGCCGAAAAUAUUUUUGAUCAAAAAUCGCCUGCAUCAGCAGCAGCAGCGUCUGCUGGAAUCACAGAAUCUGCUGCAGCACAAGGCGCAGGACGAUGAACGUUGUUUGGUGCCGCCGCUCAGUCCGAGCGCCUCGCACUCACGUCGCACUGAUCACCAGGCGCCCCUAUCGCCCACACCGACGCCGACACCGACACCGACACCGACGCCGACGCCGACGCCGACACCAACACCAACACCCGCGCAUCCCGAGCCGGAGCCAGAUCCGCAGGGUCAGGCGGAACAGGAGCAGCCGCUUAGCCUAAUUGCCGCCGCAUCAACCAACAGCACAUCGACGCGCAAACGUUUCCAUCAUCGACGUCACUAUUUUGGCCAAACGCGACACAGUCUCGAGCUAUCGCAAGAGCAAGCCAACAGCAGCAGCAGCAGCAGCAUCCAUUCCAAUUCCAAUUCCACAUCCAAUUCGAAUGUCGAGCCCGAGCAAGUUCAAAAUGAAAGUAACGGUUGUUUAACGCCAGCAGAACUGUUGCAGCGUCUUAGCUGCAACAGCAACAGCAACAGCUCCACAGCUGAAACCUCUAGCACCAACAACACCACCACCACCACCACCACAACCACAACCAUUACAACAACCAACAUCAACAACAAUAGCAACAGCAAACUUAAUAUUAGCAUUAACCUUAGCAGAACAGCAACACCACCCGCAACAGCCACAAAAGACUGCGACGAGAAUUCGUUAACAGCAAAAGUAGGAGAAGCAGGAAUAGAGACAGAAGCCGAAGGAGAAGUAGUAGUAGAGCUAGAAGGUGAGCCCGAAACAGAAACAGAAGCAACAAAAGCUACAACAACACCAACAGCAAGCAGCAUACCAAAAGAAAACGAACAGAGCCCAAAGCAGAAUAGUGCGUCGCACGCUAGCAGCAGCAGCAGCAGCAGCGACGCUGAAGACGAAGCUGACGGCGACGCCGACGUUGACGUUGACGUCGACGUUGGCCUUGAGGCGCCAAAGCCACGUUAUUACGGCGCUGGCGUUGUUCUAACGCAAGCCCAGCGCAAAGAAUAUCCACACGAACGUCUAAGCAAAGAGAAAGUGCUAAACGCUGAUUCCGUCGCUGACGUUAACGUUGACGUUGACAGCGGCAGCAAUAGCAACAGCAACAGCAACAGCAACGGUAACAGCAGCAGCGGCGACACUGAUGACAGCGACUCCGAUGACGGUUGCAAAUUGAUUGUGGACGAGAAGCCACUGCUACCAAUUGAACAGCCGUUGUCGCUGCGCAUGCGCAGCAGCCCGCCCACAGCAGAGCAGCGACCGAGUCCGCCGCCACCGCGUAUACCCGCCGUUCGUUGCAGCGUCAUACAGCGUGCGCCGCAGAGCAGCGAAAGCAACAGCAGCAGUAGCGAACUGUUAUACAAACAGCAGCAGAGGGAACAGCAACAGCAGCAGCAGCAACAACUGUUAUACCAGCGCACGCUCGACCUCGAGCAAUUGGGACCCGAGCAGCAGGAGCCAAUCGAUUAUCACGUGCCGCGGCAGCGCAGCGCCAGCUACGACAGCGACGACGAGUUGAACGCGCGUCGCUUGCAGCGGGCACGACGCGUACGCGAAGCCCGGCGUCGCAGCAGUUACUUGGCAGCGCGUGUGCUGCAGCUGAAUCCGCGCCUGGUGCGCAGUCUGCCGGGCAUUUUGGCAGCGGCCGCUGGACACGGACGCAGCAGCAACAGUAGCCAGGGCUUCCAAGCGAGCAACGGCUUUAGCCAGGGCGGCGGCGGCAGCGGAGGCGGCGGCGGCAGCAGCGGCGGCGGCAGCGGUGCUGGCAGUGGUGCCGGCAGCGGCGGCAGCGGUAGCUUUGGCAGCGGUGCCGGCGGCGGUGGCAUGGGCGGCGGCCGUGACGGACGCGGCAACUACGGACCCAACUCACCGCCCAGCGGCGCAUUGCCGCCAUUUUACGAGAGCCUAAAGAGCGGCCAGAGCAGCGGCAGCGGCAGCGGCAGCGGCAGUGGCAGCGGCAUCGGCGUUGCUGUUGACGCGCACAGCAAUUCGCAAUUUCUCAUACAGAACGCAGCUGCGGCAGCUUAUCUAAUGUCCAAUCAACAGUAUAACUGUAAUGGUGGAGGCGGCGGCGGAGGAGCCGACGGCAGCGGUGGAGGAGCCGGUGGUGGAGGAACUGGUGGAGGUGGAGCUGGUGGAGCCGGCGCUGUUGGUCUUGAUGCUUAUGGCAUCAUAUUGAAAGAUGAGCCCGACAUUGAGUACGACGAGGCGAAGAUCGACAUUGGAACCUUUGCCCAGAAUAUCAUACAGGCCACCAUGGGCAGCGGCGUUGGCAGCGCAGCGGCAGCGGCUGCUGCUGCGGCCGCCGCUGCUGCUGCGUCGGGCAAUAGUUUUGCGGCGAGCGCAUAUGAGGAUGCGAUUAUGAACGAUUUGGCUGGCAGCGGCGCUGGCGGCGGCGUCGGCGUCGGCAGCGGCGGUCAAUGCACAAAUGGCGGCAGCGGCGGCGUUGAUCCGUUGCAAUUUACCGCUACACUGAUGCUCAGCUCGCAGACGGAUCAUUUGCUGGAGCAGCUGUCGGAUGCUGUGGAUCUCAGUUCGUUUUUGCAGCGCGGCUGCGUCGACGUCGACGACGACGACGAGCACUCGACGAACAACAACAGCCCCGCCCACCAUCAGCGGGCGGACUUUGAACUGGUGUCGACGCCAUCGUUGACGCCCGACUCGGAUGCGGUCUCGGUGACGCCGCAUGCUGCUGUCCAACUGGAUGCGCUGCACGAGAAUCUGUUGACGCAGCUCACCAACAAUAUGGCGCGCAACGGCAGCAACAGCAACAACAACAACAAUAACAAUGGCAGCGGCGGCAACAAUGUUUAUAAUGCGCCGCAACAUGUUGCCCCGCAGCAUUUGCAGCAACAUGUUGUGAACGCACAGCAGCAACAGCAGCAGCAGCAACAUUUGCAGCAGCCGCCGCCCUCGUACCAGCAUGCCACGCGCAACCUGUUGCAGAUGCAGCAGCAGCACACUGGCAACAACAAUAGCAACGGCAACAGCUACCAUCAGCAGCAGCUGGCCCAGCAGCAACAGCAAUUGCUGCAGCAGCAACAGCAACAACAACAUCAUACACACCAUCAGCAGCAGCAGCAGCAGCAACAGCAUUUCCAUCAGCAACACAAUAUGUAUGCACAGCAGCAGCAUCAUCAUGCCCAACAGCAGCAGCAGCAGCAACAGCAGCAUCAUUUCCAUCAGCAACAGCAGCAUCAUGCUCAUCACGCUCACCAGCAACAUCAGCAGCACUCACACCAGCAGCAGCAGCAGCAGCAACAUUCCCAUCAGCAGCAACAGCAGCAGCAACAGCAUCAACUGCAGCAGCAACAUCAUCAUCACAACGACAACAGCAACCUAUCGCUGCCAUCGCCAACAACAGCUGCGGCGGCCGCAGCAGCAGCAGCUGCUGCUGUUGCCGCUCUCCGUCCUAUGUCCAGCAGCAGCAGCAGCAGCUCCAAUCUGCUCGAUGCCAACACGGCGGCGGUUGCUGCAGCCGCAUUGCUUGACACCAAGCCGCUGAUACAAAGCGUAAGUUCUAACAAUAUCUUAAAGAUCAACAGCAACAGCAGCAGCAGCAACAACAACAACAACAACAACAACAACAGUGCUGAGUCACCAGCUGAGCCGGUGACCUAUAUGCUGCUUAACAGCAGCAACUAUUUUAGCUACAACAACAACAACAGCACUGUCAACAGCAACAACAUUACCAACAUCAGCAGCACCACCACCACAAGCAGCAAAAACAUUUGCAAUUUAACCAUCAAAACAAAUAGCAGCAACUGCAAUGGCAACAGCAACAGCAGCGGCAGCGGCAGCGGCAGCAGCAGCAGCAGCAGCAACAUUAGCACCAGCAACACCAGUGCAAAGUUAGGCGGCCGCUCAAAGGCCGCUACCUAUGGCUCCACUGUGGUCACGAUCUACUCGACAGUGAAGCCAUCGCCCGAGAUGCCCGCCCAGCGGCAGGUCCAUCGCGCCACACUGCGUUCGCUUGCCACCGAAGCGGCGGCCACAGCAGCGGGUCUGUUGCCGCCGUCGUCGACCAUUUCGGUGAUCAAUGAGAGCAAAAUGCUGCAGCGGCUGUUGGGUCUGCCGCCUGAUCUACAGCUGGAGUUCGUGAACGGAGGCCAUGGCAUUAAGAAUCCGCUGGCCGUGGAGAAUACGCAUGGCGGACAUCAUCAUCAUCGCAUACGCAACAAUAUGGAUUGCAUUGAAGAUCUCAAGCAUGGCCAGCAGCAGCAGCAGCAGCAACAACAGCAGCAGCAACAGCAGUCGCUGCAACACCAGCAACAAUUGCUGCAACAGCACUCGCCACAGCAGCAGCAGCACUCGCCGCAGCAACAGUCGCUGCAACAGCAUUUGGUGCUCAGUCAGCAGCAGCAACAGCAGCAGCAGCACGGCAACAGCAGCCAUCAUCGCAACAACAAUAACAACAGCAGCAGCAGCGUCAGCAGCAACAGCAGCAAUCAGGGCGACUCGCUCUGCCCCAGCAACAACAGCGGCGCCGAGGAUGCCAACAACAAGUUCGUCUGCCGUGUCUGCAUGAAGACCUUCUCGCUGCAGCGUCUGCUCAAUCGCCACAUGAAAUGCCACUCGGACAUCAAGCGCUAUCUGUGCACGUUCUGCGGCAAGGGCUUCAACGAUACCUUCGACCUGAAGCGCCACACGCGCACCCACACGGGCGUGCGUCCCUACAAGUGCAACCUGUGCGAGAAGAGCUUCACGCAGCGCUGCUCCCUCGAGUCGCACUGCCAGAAGGUGCACAGUGUGCAGCAUCAGUAUGCCUACAAGGAGCGACGCGCCAAGAUGUACGUUUGCGAGGAAUGCGGCCACACGACCUGCGAACCGGAGGUCCACUAUCUGCAUCUGAAGGACAAUCAUCCGUUUUCGCCAGCCCUGCUCAAGUUCUACGAUAAGCGUCACUUUAAGUUCACCAAUUCGCAGUUCGCGAACAAUUUGCUCGGCCAGCUGCCGAUGCCGGUGCAUAACUAACAAACUAACUGAACCUAAACAAAACUAAACUAUAGAUAUAUACACAAAAUGAGCUAGGAAUAACUUAACUUAAAAUCUAAGGUAAACUAACUGAAAACAGAAAACGUAAUGCAAAUUCAACUUUAAGCUGAAGUUUUAUGAAAACUGCCCCACGAAAAUGGAGAGAUUAUGUUUUGUACAUUUAUAAUACAACAUGAUAUCACCCACAUAUAUAUAUAUAUAUAUAUACAUAUACGUAUUCAUAUAUAUAUAUAUAUCUAUGUAUACAUAAGUCUAUACAUAUCUAUAUAUAUCUCAUUUAGAUGCUAGUUAUGUAAUCGCAAG